UAUAUAAUAUAUAUGUCUUAUAUAUUAUUAGGGCUGUAUGGGAUUCCUCUGGUGCUCAUUGUUUUCGGUUUACAAAUUUAUACGGCUAUUCUACUGGGAAAGUCAUGGAUCAUCGCGAGUACUCUGGAUCCACGGAUUUCACGAAAAAUCGCUAUCCUCUCGCAGCUGUGACGGAAUUGACGAUGGGACCACGUGCACGAUCCAUCGUCACUCUGCUCUUAGAUCUGACAGUUUUCGGUUGCGGUAUUCCGAAUUUGCUAGUUGCUUCCCAAAAUCUACAUCUAUUCGGGCUCAAAAUAUCGGGAUUUGAUCUCUCUUUUUGUUAUUGGUUGCUAGUAGUCGGCAUUUUACUUUGUCCUUUGAUGUGGCUGGGCAGUCCGCGAGACAUGAAAUGGGUGGCAACGUGCUCCAGUAUCGCGGUUACUUUAACAGCAAUAUUAGUAUGGUGGAGUAUCAUAACUGAUGAUCGAACAUCGUCCAACUUUGCGCCAAUAGUCGCUUCACCAACGUGGGAUAAAUUUAUUUCCGGAUACGGCAUGCUGGCCUUUCAAUUCGACGUGCAUCCUACCUUGAUGACGAUACAAGUCGAUAUGCGUCAGCCACGAGACAUCAACAGAGCCAUAUUUUACUCUUUCUUAACAAGCGGAUCUUUGUUCGUCGUUACUGUUUGUCUAGCUGUGUGGAAGUACGGUGGUAAUACGACAGCCAAUAUUCUCGAAGUCAUGCCGUCAGGAUCAGUCGCCAACAUCGCUAUCCUAUUAGCAGCUCUUCAGCUAUGCUUCUCUAGCGUAAUCGGCUACUCAGCACUUUUCCAACAUCUGGAAGAUCACUGGAACGUGCGGAGAACAUUUGGAUGGAAGCGGUGCGCCAUGAGAUCGGCGGUGGUUUUGCUUAGUGUGGCUGUAGGCGAAUCGGUAUCACGAUUCGACAUCAUCAUGGCCCUCAUCGGUGGAUCAUUAACCGGCUCGCUGGUCUUCGUGUUGCCUCCUUUGAUAUAUAGCCGAGCGUUGGUUUUGGAAGGCAGGUCGAUUCAGGCAUCAAGCAUCGAAGGAAAGGUCCACUUGGGUUCUCGCAAGAGAUUCAACGGCGAAGAGCAACCUUCGACGGACUCCGGAGCUCAUUCGCGUUCAAUCUAUUACGGUUUCCUAAGUGCCACAAAUCAUCCUCGCAGCUACGCAUAUCUCUACUUCGACGACCUGGAGGACGAGACGAAUUCGUGUUCGAGCGAAUUUGUUGAUUGCUACGACGAGGAUGAGGGAGAGAAAAGGGAUAUCGUUCAAAUCCCGAUGAUUAGCGCUCAUCAGGAUGAUCAUCGGCCGCUUCUCGUCGACGCGACAGAACCAACCCCGAGUCGAUUCGCAAAAUCCGUAGAUGAUGAUCCACGACAAGAGUCCGUGAACAGGAAAGAGUUGUGGGCUUUCGAGAGGGUGAUUAAUUAUCUCGGCUGUUUCAUAGUAACGAUUGGCGUAGCGAUCACGCUGUCUUCGACGUAUGUCAACAUCUGGAACACCGUACGUUACGUGCGUUUCACGCCGCCGUGCAUCAUCAACGCCACCAUGAAUUAAGCUUCUACCUGCAAAAUUUCAUUUUAUUAUAUAUACAAUUAAUAUUAUAUUUUUACACACAUUCUUGAAGAUACAAUUCAUUAAAAAAUUGUGUUCCUUAAAGAGGAAGUUUUCAUAUUCUCUUUAAAAAAAAAGUUUACCUUUUGCUUGAGAACGCGUAUCAAUCUUUUCAUCAUAUAUAUCAACUUUUGAGAACAUACAUAUAUAGCAAACUUAGAACAGGACAUCACACUUAUUUACAUUUGCAUCUUGUGUAAUUUUUUUUCAGAAUAAUAAUGUACUAUUAUUUCGAAUUAAAAUUAUUUUAUUUGUGAGAUUUUUCUAGAUAAGAUAAAUUGGAUAAAUUUAGGUAGUUAUGUUAAAUUAAAUGCAUAC